AUGACCCCGGAGAUGAAGGUCAUUCUUCUCAUCAACUAUUCAUUCUCCCAAUAUCGAUCCUUGAUACGCUUAGAUAUUGAGAUCUCAAACAUGUCUUCAGCUCACGAUGACUCGAAUCCCUACUACACAUUCUACAAGCCCUCCGUGGCAGCGGCUUUCGUCGUCGCGAUCCUCUUCUGCAUAACCGCUCUGGUCCAAAUAUGGAGAAUUAUCCUAACACGCCAAUGGUUUGGAAUUGUAGUCCUAGUUGCUGCCGCCUUCGAAGCUGUCGGUUUGCUUGCGCGAGCCUAUUCAGGCAAACACCUUGACAAGAAAUCGCCAUUCGAAAUCCAAACUCUUCUCAUCUUCCUCGCACCCAUUCUCUUCGCCGCCUCAGUCUACAUGUUCCUCGGUCGUGUGAUCCGCAAAUCAGGACACCCAGAACUAUCCUUCAUCCGCAUUCGCUGGGUAACUCCAAUCUUCGUCAUCGGCGACAUCUUCUGCUUCUUCAUUCAAGCCGUCGGCGUCGUGAUCUUGCUCCGUGCGGAAUCUCAGUCCAAAUUCGACCUUGCCAAGGGUAUCAUUCUAGCUGGUCUAGCGCUCCAGCUAUUCUUCUUCGCCGUCUUUAUCCUGGUUGCUGUUGUUUUCCACCUCAGACUUAAUUCCAGGGAGAAGUCUGGACAUUCAGGUGUGAAUUUGACAGUCAGGCUUUGGAAUCUGUAUUUCUGCAGCUUCCUCAUCACGGUCCGGAAUAUUUACCGGUUGGUGGAAUACAUUACUGGUACGGACGCGUAUCUCUCCAGGGUUGAGUGGCCUACUUACGUCUUGGAUGUUGGAUUGAUGUUGAUCAUCAUGAUUGUUUCUAAUUUGUGGUAUUUCCCGAAGGGGAAGGAUGUUUAUGAGCCUAUAUAUCCUCUUCCAGCAGUGCGCAGGGUACCACCGAGUGCCAUGGCCUAG